GGUCGCACCCACCUUCAUUCCCCCACACUCAUCUCUCUCUCAUUUCCCUCCUUCUAGCUAAAACUUCCUCCUCUGACGCAUCAACAACAAAGAAAAAAAAUGGCUGUCAUUGGGUUGCUCUUGAUGGGUUUUCUCUCCAUGCUCUCCUCGGCUCAUGGCUAUGGUGGAGGGUGGAUUAAUGCUCAUGCCACCUUCUAUGGAGGUGGUGAUGCAUCAGGCACAAUGGGUGGGGCUUGUGGGUAUGGGAAUCUAUACAGCCAAGGGUAUGGAACGAACACAGCUGCUCUGAGCACGGCUCUGUUCAACAAUGGGCUGAGCUGUGGGUCAUGCUAUGAGAUCAGGUGUGUGAAUGACAGAAGAUGGUGCCUGCCAGGUUCCACAGUGGUCACAGCUACCAAUUUCUGCCCACCAAACAAUGCCUUGCCCAAUAAUGCAGGAGGCUGGUGUAACCCUCCUCUCCAACAUUUUGAUCUUGCUCAGCCUGUCUUCCUCCGCAUUGCUCAAUACAGAGCCGGCAUAGUUCCUGUGGCUUACAGAAGGGUACCCUGCAGAAGAAGGGGAGGCAUAAGGUUUACAAUCAAUGGCCACUCCUAUUUCAACCUGGUCCUCAUCACAAACGUUGGUGGCGCUGGUGAUGUGCACAGUGUGGCCAUCAAAGGGUCAAGAACUAGGUGGAUGCCAAUGUCAAGAAACUGGGGCCAGAACUGGCAAAGCAACAACUAUCUCAAUGGCCAAGCCCUCUCCUUCAAGGUCACCACCAGUGAUGGCCGCUUUGUGGUGUCCUACAAUGUUGCCCCUCCCAACUGGUCCUUUGGCCAAACCUACACUGGCGCCCAAUUCCGCUAGACAUUACAUAUAUAUAUAUAUAUAUAUCACAUAUAUUACAUAUUCCUGUUCAAGUGUUAGUAUGACUUAGUAUACUAG